CAUUUCCACUACAGUUAGAGGCAGGAGGGGAAACAUUAGUAAGAUUAGUAAGAAGUGUCAGUAAAGGGGAAUCCUCCUUAGCAUGCUGACAGAUUGUCUUCAGUCAGUUCCCUUCCUUGCACUGUGGAGGGACCAGGGACAGAAGGGGAAUCAGCAUGAUGAGAUUAGUGGGAUUUCUCCUCAAAGUAGUGGGAUGGCUUGGCAAGGGUGCUAAAUUACCAUCAGGAUAACAACUAGUACUACCCUCCCCUUUUAAGUGCCAUUGAGGCACUUACUUCAGGUUGGGUAUUGUUAUAUGCAACAGAAUUACGAAGCGAUGGAUUCAUCUUCCCACCAUCCUUCCAUGCAUCCUCCUUAAUUCCCGUUCCUUGCCUAGCCAAAUGGCUCCCUGCAGGAUGAAGAAAGCAGUGUGAGAGAGCAAGAGCCGAGGAACGCCAUGGGGGUGGACUUUGACGUGAAGACUUUCUGCCACAAUCUGCGGGCCACCAAGCCACCCUACGAGUGUCCCGUGGACACCUGCCGCAAAAUCUACAAGAGCUACAGCGGCAUCGAGUACCACCUCUACCACUACGACCAUGACAAUCCACCGCCCCCGCAGAACACCCCGCUGCGCAAGCACAAGAAGAAGGGCCGUCACGGACGCGCAAGCAACAAGCAGUCGCCCAGCCCCUCCGAGACUUCGCAGUCCCCGGGGCGGGACGUCAUGACUUACGCGCAAGCCCAGCGCAUGGUCGAGGUGGACCUGCACGGCCGCGUGCACCGCAUCAGCAUCUUUGAUAACUUGGACGUGGUCUCCGAGGACGACGAGACUCCCGAAGAGGCCCCGGAGAACAAUAGCAACAAGGAGAACACAGAAACGCCCUCGGUCGCCCCCAAAGCCGGAAAGCACAAGAACAAGGAGAAACGCAAGGAUUCCAACCACCACCACCACCACCACCACAGUGCCUCAGCCGGCAACACGCCUAAGCUCCCCGAGGCUGUGUACCGAGAGCUGGACCAGGAUACCCCCGAUGCCCCGCCUCGCCCCACCUCUUAUUACAGAUACAUUGAGAAGUCAGCAGAAGAGUUGGAUGAGGAGGUUGAGUACGACAUGGAUGAGGAAGAUUACAUCUGGUUGGACAUUAUGAACGAACGCCGGAAGACGGAAGGUGUCAGCCCUAUUCCUCAGGAGAUCUUUGAAUAUCUAAUGGACCGGCUAGAGAAGGAAUCCUAUUUUGAGAGCCACAACAAAGGGGACCCAAACGCCUUGGUGGACGAGGAUGCCGUCUGCUGCAUUUGCAACGACGGGGAAUGUCAGAAUAGCAACGUCAUCCUUUUUUGUGACAUGUGUAACUUGGCUGUGCACCAGGAAUGCUAUGGGGUCCCUUAUAUCCCGGAAGGCCAGUGGCUGUGCCGCCGCUGCUUGCAGUCGCCUUCCAGGGCCGUGGACUGCGCCCUGUGUCCAAACAAAGGCGGCGCCUUCAAACAGACAGACGAUGGCCGUUGGGCCCACGUGGUGUGUGCCCUCUGGAUCCCCGAGGUCUGUUUUGCGAACACGGUGUUCCUGGAGCCCAUAGACAGCAUAGAACACAUCCCACCAGCCCGCUGGAAGCUGACCUGUUACAUCUGCAAGCAGCGAGGCUCUGGGGCCUGCAUACAGUGUCACAAAGCGAACUGCUACACAGCCUUCCACGUUACUUGCGCUCAGCAGGCUGGGCUCUAUAUGAAAAUGGAGCCUGUCCGAGAAACGGGGGCCAAUGGCACUUCGUUUAGCGUCCGUAAGACAGCUUACUGUGAUAUCCACACGCCGCCCGGCUCAAUGCGACGCUUGCCUGCCCUCUCCCACAGCGAAGGGGAGGAAGAAGAAGAAGAGGAAGAGGAGGACGGGAAAAGCUGGAGUUCAGAGAAAGUGAAAAGGGCCAAGGCUAAAUCCCGGAUCAAAAUGAAGAAGGCAAGGAAAAUUCUGGCUGAAAAGAGAGCAGCUGCCCCCGUGGUGUCAGUGCCAUGCAUACCUCCCCACAG